AUGGCGACGAAUGAUUUCAUCAGCAACCUUCACAACGAAGUUUUGGCUAGGAUUAUAUCAGACUUACCAGCCAUUGAAGCAAUAAGAACAACUAUUUUAUCAAAACGAUGGAAGGAUUUAUGGAGGUAUGCUUCCCGUUUAGAUUUCGAUCCAAAAGGAGUGAGGAAAUUAUAUGGUGAUGAUGUUGAUGAUCCGAGGGAAGAGAUUUCCCGAGUUGUUAAGAAUAUCGAAAAUGUAUUGUUAUCUCAUAAGCGUAACUUGAUUAGUUGCAGAAUCGUUCAUCUUUUAAGUAGUUGCAGAAACGGUGAUCUUGAGAAGUGGAUUAAAUAUCUUACAUCCGAGAAGAAAGUGCAAGAAUUGGCUUUCCGUUGCGAUGAUUUUCAACAAGAGUUUUAUAGAAGAAGCCAUUCUGGACGGGGUCUGAAUUUACCGUUAAAACAGGUUCGGAUCUUUAGCCAAACGGUUAAGACUGUGGAGCUGGUAUCAUUGCGUUCGCAGGGCAUUUAUUUAUCUACCCAAUCUCUUGGUGUUUUGGUGCUUCAUUCUAUGAAAUUUCAAGCCAAAAAUUUGGUUAUCCAUGCUCCAAAUCUUAGGGUUUUUACUGCAACUCGCAAGCCCAUAACUAAAAAUUCAGACAAUAUCACCAAGAUUGCUGAAAUUCUAGAGUAUUGCACUCAUCUCUUGACACCUGUUAAUUAUAAAGCUAAUGAUCCAAUGGAAGACCUGAAUCUGUUUAUGAAUUUGAGGGAGCUUACCAUUGAUUUGGACUUGAACGAUAGAAGGGAAAUGUUGAUCCUCUGUAUCGUUCUACAACGCUGCCUUAGUCUACACCAACUUGAAAUCAACAUAGAGGAAAGUAGAAGUGAAAUAGAGGAAGCAACAAGGGAUUACAGUAGUGUAAACAACCGACUGCCAUAUCCAGAGACAAAGCUAUGGGAGAAAAGAGGGUUGUGCGAUUGUAUUACAUUCACACUAAAACAAGUAUCCAUUAAGGGAUUCAAAGGGAAAGAUGGGGAAAUGGAAUUCCCAAGGCAUCUGAUUACGAAAGGUGCCAAGUUGAAGAGAAUAGAGAUUUGGUGUAACCAUGACUGCUCUAGAGAAGGAGGUGAGGCAACUCUUGGUUUACUUUCACUGCCUAGAUCCUCCAUUGAUGUCUCCAUUCUUCUUAAACCGCCACCCCAAUUUGAUGGUAGUUUUGGAAGAUGGGUCUCAACCCUAAACUAG